CUAUAUGUAACCUAGGGUUUCGUCUUUCUUCUAUCCUAAUAACCUUUAUUGCGGUCGGAGGAGGUGAAGAACAAACAAUCUCAGAAAUGGCUUUCAGGUUUCAUCAGUACCAGGUUGUCGGGAGAGCUCUUCCAUCGGAAAACGAUGAGCAACCCAAGAUUUACCGCAUGAAGCUUUGGGCUACUAAUGAAGUUCGUGCUAAAUCCAAGUUCUGGUACUUCUUGAGGAAAUUGAAGAAGAUUAAGAAGAGCAACGGUCAGCUACUUGCGAUCAAUGAGAUAUUUGAGAAGAACCCAACUAAGAUCAAGAACUAUGGCAUAUGGCUGCGUUAUCAGAGUCGAACUGGUUAUCACAACAUGUACAAGGAGUACAGAGACACAACCUUGAAUGGAAGUGUGGAACAGAUGUAUACUGAGAUGGCAUCCCGCCAUAGGGUUCGUAGCCAUUGCAUUCAAAUCAUCAAGACAGCUACCAUUGCUGCUAAGCUCUGCAAGAGGGAGAGCACCAAGCAGUUCCAUAACUCUGCCAUCAAGUUCCCUUUGGUGUCUAAGAAGGUUAGACCACCAAGCAGGAAGUUGAAGACCACAUACAAGGCAUCUAGACCCAACCUGUUCAUGUAAACUCUUUUUCGGUUGUUUCUGAAAAUGAGUUUAUUUAAUUUGGUGGGUAUUCUAUCCCCGUUUCUAUAUAGUUUUUGGAGACUUCUGAGUUUUGUUUGAAUGGUUAUUUCUUGGAUAAUUUUGGAGACGAGGAUCAGUUGGAUUUUUUGUUGGAUUUUAAAAAUGAAUUUGAGUAUUUUGUUUCA